AUGAUUAAUGAUGCGUCAUCCAAACCUUUCGAACGUCUUUUUCGAACGUUUUCGAGAAAAUCUAAAGAAUUUCAAAAGAAAGACACUCUCAUAACAAUGUCGUCUGUGGCAGGAUCAAAGCGUCGAAUUGACAAUAAGUCGUGCAAAAUCAAGUACAAAGCUCUUAAAGCGUUGGAAAAGGGUACUGCGCCAAAGGAUGUGGCAAAAGAGUUCAAAAUUCCUCCAAGCACCCUGUCAACUUGGAAAAAAAAUAAAGAAAAGAUUUACAAGCAGUUUAACAACGGGCAAACAUCACAAAUCAAAACAUGGUAUGGAGUAUCCUUCAAAACCAUCGCUGGAGAAUCACGGUCCGUCACUGAGGAAAUGACAGCGCCAUGGUCGGAGACAACAUCACCAACCAUUCUCUCCCGCUAUCCUCUGGAAGACAUUUUUAACGCCGACGAAUUUGGGCUUUUAUUUCAAUGCCUUCCCAAUAAAACUUUGCAUAUGAAAGGUGAUAAGUGUUCUGGAGGAAAACACAGCAAAGUUAGACUUACUGGUUUAGCUGCUGGUAAUGCCUUGGGGGAACGAUUGCCAAUGUUUGUAAUCGGCAAGUCCGCCAACCCUCGUUGCUUUAAAGGUGUCAAAACACUACCCUGUCGAUACCGUUCGCAAAAGAAGAGUUGGAUGUCUGGAGAGCUGUUCGAAGAGUGGGUACGCGAGCUUGAUCAAAAAUUCUCUGUCUCUAAGCGAAAAAUUGCUUUGAUUAUUGACAAUUGUACCGCACAUCCUCAUGUUGAAAACCUGGAAUGGGUAGAAUUGAUCUUUCUUCCUCCAAAUACCACGUCCCGAACCCAACCUAUGGACCAAGGAAUUAUCCGCGCCCUGAAAGCAAAAUAUCGAUCGCUAGCAGUGCGGAAAUUGAUAAAAGCCUUGGACGAGGAAAAAUCGAUUCUUGCAGCUAUGUACAUGCUAAGGAAAGCAUGGGAUGAUGUUUCCAACAAAACAUUCACCAAUUGCUUUCGAAAAUCAGAAAUUUCCCAAAAGGAUGCAGAAAGAGCGAUCAACGAAGAUGACGACCCUUUUAAAAGUUUAACCAGCGAAGUAGAAGAAGACCCAAUUCCAACCCUCGAUGCUGAACUCUCUUACAUAAAACGAAGGUUUCCUGACCACAUUGAUCCUGACUUAUCAACUGAAGAUUUCAUUGAUUUUGACAUUGAAGUCAGUACAUCCCUUGGGCGUCUGAAGACUGCUGACAUCAUUGCUGAGAUCACUGGGACUCAAGACGAAGAAUUAAAAGAGGUCGACGAAGAAGACAAGGAGGAAGAAGAUAAGAUCACAAGACCGACGGCCGAGCAAGUGCGUACAGCUAUCAACGUCCUCGAAGACUUGAGUAUUUUUUCACAUUUUGGAGAAGAAAUGAUAGCUUCCCUGAAGGACUUGAAUCGUAAUAUCGCCAAAGAUUUUGAUAUGAGUUGUAAGCAAACAGUUAUCACCGACUUCUUUUCUAAAUAA